AUGCAGCUAGUGACGCCUUCGUUCCAUGUUGAGCAGGACGCGUCGUUCGUCCACGUAAGCAUUUCGUGCGUGGAUGCCAAAGUCGCUGAGGUGCGUAUCGUAGCUGAGGAGCGAACGUUUGGAUGCUUUGUGGACCCCGUAUAUUUGCCGCUGAAUUUGCCCUGUGCGGUAGAAAGCAUGAGUGAGACGUGUGCCUUGACGUCGUCGCCUCAUGGCACGUACGAUCCAAAGACGCAAACGUUUACGGUGCACAUAAAAAAGCGUGUGCAUGGCGAACACUUUCCUGGUCUCGAAGCUCUGCGUCCACAGAUUCUGUCGGACAACGAAAUGGCGCAACUCGAGGAGGCAUCGCGUCAGCAGAGCGAGCAUCCGUACGGUUUGAUGUCUUCGUAUGUGCCUCUUUCGCAUGCGUACGCGGACAUGAUGAGAAAUGGACGCGUUCCGAUCCUGGACAUCGUGGAUCCCACGGUCGUGCCGCUCGCGGAGCGAUCGAUGCGCGCGGAAGAGCUUGAAAUACAAAAGUGGGAUGAAGGCAUGUAUCUCGACAGUUAUGUCGACGUAGACGGCGAUGUGGCCGCCGCGAUGCAUGUGGUGCCUGCUUUAUUGCGGAAAGAUGUGCCACAAGGUACACAGCCCGCCUGGGCGGGCCCCCUCCCACCUACAGAGCAAGCCCAGGCAUGCUUGGUGCAGGUGGUGUUUGCGUACCUGUAUGAGAUGCAUGUUUCGAGCAAUGAGGCGUCUACCGAGUCGGCUUGGACUAUCUGCAAGCUGUGCCGUUCACUGACAUGCUUCUCUGAGCCGCUGCCGCCCGGCACAGACGUACAAGAUGUACUGCGGUGGUCGUUCCGUCGCGCACUGACAUAUCCUCUGUACCGCUCGUGGGCGCUGUGUGAGCGUAUUUGCAGCGAUGCACACGAGCUCUUCAACUUGCCAGAUGCCAAGGCACGCAUCCUGCAUAUGUUGCGCGACAUGGACGCUAUAUUCGCACUGGCCCCUACCGGUACAGGCCUCGCCGAGCCCAUGGAGCUGGCUCUGCAACUCGUGUGGGACGCAUGGCUCGCGCCCCUGGAGAGCUGGAUUCAUGCCGCAUCAGACGACGAUAUUAAGGCCAUGGCAUCCAUCUGGAAUGCGCGCAUGUCCAAAGACGCCGUCGGGACGCCCGGAGAGUGGGACCUCGAGGCUUGGGAAGCGGCGGCACGUGAGGCCCAAGAACACGGCGAAGGCGGUUUUGUCUAG